AUGACGAAGUUGACUGCAUUGGAGACACUCCGGAUUGCAAGCAACAGCUUGACCGGAACUAUUCCCAAUGAACUGAGCCAGAUGUCUGCCCUGGAAUCCCUGAGCUUUAGCCUCACUUUGAAUGAGACUGAAUUCCCAACUGUCUUAUUCAGCUUGCCAGCACUCAAUAUGCUCACCCUCUUGGACAGCACAUUGUCUUCAAUUCCAACCGAAGUUGGGGCAAUGCCUCAGCUAGAAGAAUUCGUUGUCAUUGCAUCCCCUACAGAAGGCACCAUUCCAUCUGAACUCGGUCUAUUGACAAACCUGAGUAUUCUACGAAUGACGACCACAUUCAUGUCUGGUGCCCUUCCAACGGCAAUAGGGCAACUCAGCCGUAUGACUCACUUGGGACUGAACACUCCAACCCUAGACUAUCUUGAGCCAUUAAUUUCCUAUCAUGGGAUAAUCGGGAAUCUACCAAGCGAGAUGUCCCUAUUGACAGAUCUGGAGCAUUUGAUCUCAAAAGGCAACAAGUUCUCUGGUCCGAUUCCUGACUUGUCAAAUGCCACGGGUCUCAGAUCACUGAAUCUGGAUGGCUGA